CGAAGCAAGGAGACUCUGGGUAAUAUCGUGCAGAGCUGGGUGCUGUACACAACAUAGACCCUUUAUACCUUAUUUCCAGCCUAGCGACCCCACGUCGGAAAAAUAAAAGAUGCCUUUACCUGUGCAGGUCUUCAACUUUCAGGGAUCUGUGGAGCCCAUGCAGAUUGAUGCAGACCCCCAAGAGGACCAGCAGAAUGCUCCAGACACCAACUAUGUAGUGGAGAACCCCACACUGGACCUGGAGCAGUAUGCCACCAGCUACAGUGGACUGAUGCGCAUUGAGAGGCUCCAGUUCAUUGCUGAGCACUGCCCGCAGCUCCGAGUUGAAGCUCUCAAGAUGGCCCUCACUUUCGUCCAGAGGACCUUCAACGUUGACACCUAUGAAGAAAUCCACCGCAAACUAACUGAGGCCACACGGGAGGUGCAGGGUGUGCCUGACACGGUGCCUGAAGGUGGGGUUGUUCCCCCUCCCCUGGACUCGGCUUGGGCUGAGUCCACCAGGAAGAAAGCCCUACUUAAACUGGAGAAACUGGAUACAGACCUCAAGAACUACAAGGGAAAUUCCAUCAAAGAGAGUAUCAGGAGAGGCCACGAUGACUUGGGGGACCAUUAUCUGGACUGUGGUGACCUCAGCAACGCUCUCAAAUGCUACUCCCGAGCCAGAGACUACUGCACAAGCGCCAAGCAUGUCAUCAACAUGUGUCUUAACGUCAUCAAGGUUAGUGUUUACCUGCAGAACUGGUCCCAUGUACUGAGCUAUGUCAGCAAGGCAGAAUCCACACCAGAGAUAGCAGAGCAAAGAGGAGAGCGAGACAGUCAAAACCAAGCGGUCCUCACCAAAUUAAAAUGUGCUGCAGGUUUGGCAGAGCUGGCCUCUCGAAAGUACAAACCAGCUGCCAAGUGCUUCCUGCAGGCGUCCUUUGACCACUGUGACUGUCCAGAGCUCCUGUCUCCCAGUAACGUAGCAGUGUAUGGUGGCUUGUGUGCACUGGCAACAUUUGACAGACAAGAGCUCCAACGCAAUGUGAUCUCCAGCAGCUCCUUCAAAUUGUUUUUAGAGUUAGAACCUCAGAUCCGUGACAUAAUCUUCAAGUUUUAUGAAUCCAAAUACGCAUCUUGUCUCAAACUAUUGGACGAAAUGAAGGACAACCUGCUGCUGGACAUGUACCUGGCCCCCCACGUCAAAACACUGUACACCCAGAUAAGGAACAGAGCCCUCAUCCAGUACUUCAGCCCGUAUGUGUCGGCAGACAUGACCAAGAUGGCUCAAGCUUUCAACACGACAGUAGCAGCUCUGGAAGACGAGCUCACUCAGCUUAUACUGGAGGGUCUCAUCAAUGCACGAAUCGACUCCCAUAGCAAGAUCCUGUAUGCGCGGGACGUGGACCAGAGGAGCACCACCUUUGAGAAGUCGCUCCACAUGGGCAAGGAGUUCCAGAGACGAGCCAAAGCCAUGAUCCUCCGAGCAGCUGUGCUGCGCAACCAGAUCCAUGUCAAGUCUCCACCAAGAGAAGGCAGCCAGGGUGAACUCACGCCAGCCAACAGCCAAACCCGGAUGAGCACCAACAUGUGAGGAGGAAAGCCCUCCUCUGUCUCUGCAGGGUGACCACAGACUGGAGGCGAGGGAGAAUCUGAUCUGCACCACCCACACCCCACCGCCACACACAGCGGACAAAACCCAAAUCGCUGUUCCUCUGCUAAGAAUGGAGACGGCACACAACAUAAAGUUCAGUUGCUUCUCAGAUAAGAUCACCUUUGUUAGUCAGGUGAUGAUGAUGAUGAUAUGGAUAUUUGUACAAGAAGUGAGUUUGUUGGAGUGAAAGAUGUGCUGGUAAGUGCUGCACUUUCCUCUGCUUCGAGAUGAUGUAAAAUAAAUAAACCUUCCAGAAGAUACUCUUGA